AUAAACCUGUUGUGAAUUUCAGUGAUAGUGAAUAAACUAAAACAUUUGUAAGUUAAUUGAUGUCAACUAAGAGCUGCAAGAUGACAUUUAGGAUUUAACAAAUUUUGUUUUAUAUGGUUUCGAAAUUAACUCACAAAAAAUGUCGGUAUUUUUUGUGAAUGCGUAAUAAUCAAGACAGUGAAAUCGAAGGAGAUUCCAAUGGAGAUUUGCAAAUUGCGUCACCUGGUAGUUCUGAGGCCCAACAAGCUUUGGCUCAGUUCUGGCCAAAGGUCACGGAUGAAAUUAAAAAAAUUACUACUAUGGAUUUGAAAACACAGUCGUUACCAUUGGCUAGGAUAAAGAAAAUAAUGAAACUAGAUGGUGAUGUGAAAAUGAUAAGUGCUGAAGCUCCUAUGUUGUUCUCUAAAGCAGCAGAAAUUUUUAUACAUGAAUUGACGCUAAGGGCAUGGGUUCAUACCGAAGAUAAUAAGAGACGUACACUUCAACGAAACGAUAUAGCAAUGGCAAUAACUAAGUACGAUCAGUUUGAUUUUCUUAUUGACAUAGUGCCUAGGGAUGAAUUGAAACAAAGUAAAGCACAAAAUGAAAGUACUGUACGUACAUCUAUGAACUCAGACCAAGUACAUUACUAUUUCCAAUUAGCACAACAACAAGUAUCUGCUAAUCAAAAUGUACAAAGUGGUAAUACAACCUCACAGCCUAUACAAAUUGUACAACCUUCUACUGGACAGAUUCAGACAAUCAAUAUAGGUAGUCCAGUAGAGCAGGAAAGUCCUAGUGCAAAUACAACACAGACAGUAACAGUACAAAGUCCACAACAGUCUUCAGGACAAGUUAUACAACUACAGCAGACUCAACAAACACCCACUACACAAACUGGAGGUAUACAAAUAGUGCAACAAAUUGUAACACCCAGUGGAGAAAUACAGCAAAUACCUAUACAGUUGACACCUCAACAACUACAAAUGAUUCGUAUGCAAGUACAAGGUGGAAGUAAUCAACCGAUCAUAAUUCAAACUGCUCCUAUACAAGCUCAACCCCAAUUAAUACAAGUAGCGCAAGGCGCUCAAGCACCUGUCUUUUUACAAACUAGCGGAGCUGACAAUGAUUAAAUGUUAAUUAAUU